CUCUUUUUCAACUCGUGUUACGAAUUUUUUUACUCCUCUUUGAGCGUGUUCGCCAUUAAGAAACCCUAGCUCUAGCCCCUUUCCAACGAUGGCCCGUACGAAGCAGACAGCUCGCAAGUCUACCGGCGGCAAGGCUCCUCGCAAGCAGCUCGCCACCAAGGCGGCCCGAAAGUCUGCGCCGACUACCGGCGGAGUCAAGAAACCCCAUCGCUACCGACCUGGAACUGUUGCUCUUCGAGAAAUUCGCAAGUAUCAGAAAAGCACGGAGUUGCUGAUCCGUAAGCUGCCGUUCCAGAGGCUGGUUCGUGAGAUUGCUCAGGAUUUCAAGACUGAUCUGCGGUUCCAGAGUCAUGCAGUACUUGCGCUUCAGGAAGCAGCUGAAGCUUAUCUUGUUGGCCUGUUUGAGGAUACGAAUCUUUGCGCCAUUCACGCCAAGAGGGUGACCAUCAUGCCCAAAGACAUUCAACUUGCCCGUCGCAUUAGAGGCGAGCGUGCUUAGGAUUUUAUUUCCUUUGCUCUGCGAUCUUAUGCUUUCUGAACUUUUAGGAACAUGUUUCGUGGAUAUCUAUAAUCCUUAAUAUGAAAAACUAAAUAUGCUUAUGUUUGACAACUCUACUUUGUUGUGAUGCUA